AUGAAGCUCUUCGUGCUCGUAGCAUGGGCACUGUUGUUAUUGUCUCAUGGAUCUGGAAGCGUCAUUUGCGCCGUCCUCCAUGGGAACGAUACAGAUAUGCUGUCGCUUCUUGAUUUCAAGCGCGCAAUCACCGAAGAUCCGAAAGGGCUCUUGAGCACAUGGAACACCAGCAUUCAUUUCUGCAACUGGCAGGGUGUGAAGUGCAGCCUCACAGAGCAUGAGCGUGUUGCAGAGCUGGACCUGUCUGAGCAGAGUUUUGUCGGGGAAAUCUCUCCUUCCCUUGGAAACAUGUCAUAUCUUACUUAUCUUAACCUUUCCAGAAGCAAGUUCUCUGGUCAGAUACCACAUUUUGGCCGGCUGCGAGAGCUGGAGUUUCUUGACCUGAGUCACAACUCGCUACAAGGGAUUAUUCCAGUGACGCUCACAAACUGCUCCAACUUGAGGGCGUUAGACCUCUCAAGAAACUUAUUGGUGGGUGAAAUUCCCGCAGAAAUAUCCCUUCUCUCCAACCUGACACGCUUGUGGCUUUCUUAUAAUGAUCUUACCGGGGUCAUUCCACCAGGCCUUGGCAAUAUCACUUCUCUAGAACAUGUUAUUCUGAUGUAUAACCGGUUAGAGGGAGGCAUUCCUGAUGAGUUUGGGAAGUUGUCCAAGAUGUCAAACUUACUCCUUGGUGAAAACAAGCUAUCAGGUAGAGUCCCAAAGGCCAUUUUUAAUUUGUCUCUGCUAAAUCAAAUGGCGCUGGAGUUGAAUAUGCUAGUUUGUACUCUACCAUCUAACAUGGGUGAUGCUCUCCCUAACCUCCGACUUCUUACAUUGGGUGGUAACAUGCUGGAAGGUCUUAUCCCUGACUCAUUAGGCAAUGCAUCCGAGCUACAGCUGAUAAACUUAGCAUAUAAUCACGGGUUUAGAGGACGAGUCCCACCUUCUCUUGGUAAACUUCCGAAGCUCAGUAAGCUAGGUCUUGACACAAACAGUCUUGAAGCAAAUGACAGCUGGGGCUGGGAAUUCUUGGAUGCAUUGAGCAACUGCACUUCUCUAGAGAUGCUUUCACUCUAUGCAAAUCGGCUACAAGGAAACUUGCCAAAUUCUGUUGGCAACCUUUCGUCUAAUGUUAACAACCUCGUGUUUGGUAGGAAUAUGCUAUAUGGAUUAGUUCCGUCAAGCAUAGGAAAUCUCCAUAGACUAACUAAGCUAGGACUGGAGGAGAACAGUUUGACUGGUCCGAUUGAUGGAUGGGUUGGAAAUCUUGCUAAUUUGCAAGGUUUAUAUCUUCAACAGAACAAUUUCACCGGUCAGAUUCCAACUUCCAUUGGCAAUAACUCCAAGCUGUCAGAACUGUUUCUGGCAAAUAAUCAAUUCCACGGUCCCAUUCCAUCAAGUUUCGAAAACCUUCAGCAACUCUUGUAUUUAGACCUCAGCUAUAACAAUCUUCAAGAAAAUAUACCAAAAGAGCUUUUUAGUAUAGCCACAAUUGCCCAAUGUGCGCUAUCCCACAACAGUCUAGAAGGCCAAAUUCCUCACAUCAGUAAUCUUCAACAACUCAACUAUCUAGAUCUUUCAUCCAACAAGCUUACAGGGGAAAUUCCACCUACUUUGCGCACAUGCCAGCAAUCGCAAGCCAUCAAAUUGGACCGGAACUUCCUCUCGGGAAGCAUUCCCAUGUUUCUAGGGAGUCUGAACAGCUUGAUCGAGCUCAACCUUUCACAUAACAAUCUCUCAGGCUCUAUCCCAAUUGCUCUAAGCAAACUGCAACUUCUCACCCAGUUGGAUCUAUCCGACAAUCAUCUUGAAGGAGAAGUACCAGUAGAAGGAAUAUUCAAAAAUACAACAGCCAUUUCCCUGAAAGGCAAUUGGCGGCUUUGUGGAGGUGUGCUGGACCUACAUAUGCCUUCAUGCCCCGCUGCUUCUCAUAGAAGAUCUAGAUGGCAAUACUAUUUGGUGAGAGUAUUGGUCCCUAUAUUAGGCAUCUUGUUACUCAUAUUAGUAGUCUGCUUAUCCCUUCUCAGAAAGAGGAUGCUGAGGAUGCAGUUAUCGUUGCCUUCUUCCGAUGAGCAAUUCCCUAAAGUAUCUUAUAAGGAUCUAGCACAGGCUACUGAGAACUUCACAGUAUAUAACUUGAUUGGGAGAGGAAGCUGCGGUUCAGUGUACAGAGCAAAGCUAAACCAAAAACAGAUGGUUGUGGCAGUGAAAGUUUUUGACCUUGACAUGCAAGGCGCGGAUAAAAGUUUCAUCUCAGAAUGUAAAGCACUGAGAAACAUUCGGCACCGUAAUCUUCUUCCAAUUCUGACUGCAUGCUCAACAAUUGAUAACCAAGGCCGGGAUUUCAAAGCUCUAGUCUACCAGUUCAUGCCCAACGGCAACCUGGACACUUGGCUGCACCCGGCAGGAGAUGGAAAAGCCCCAAAGCAACUGGACCUCUCUCAAAGAAUGAAAAUAGCUGUUGAUAUAGCCGAUGCAUUGCAAUAUAUACACCAUGACUGUGAGAAUCCUAUUGUUCACUGUGAUUUGAAGCCCAGCAAUAUCCUCCUAGAUUAUGAUAUGACAGCUCGUUUGGGGGACUUUGGCAUCGCAAGGUUGUACAUCAAAUCCAAAUCAGCGGCAGCUGGAGGUUCGAGUUCAAUGGGUACAAUAACUCUGAGGGGCACGAUUGGAUAUAUUGCUCCAGAGUAUGCGGGAGGUGGCUACCUAUCGACGUCUGGAGACGCGUACAGUUUUGGGAUAGUGCUGCUGGAGAUGCUGACAGGAAGAAGGCCGACCGACCCUAUGUUCUGCGAGGGGCUUGACAUCGUGAACUUUGUCAAGAGGAACUUUCCGGAUCAGAUACUUGAUAUCCUUGACGCUUCUCUCCGAGAAGAAUGUCAAGACUGUUCUCAGGAUAAUCUGGAAGGAGAAAACGAAGUCCACCGGUGCCUGAUGUCCUUGCUGAAAGUGGCACUUUCUUGCGCAAGCCAGGAUCCUAACGAACGAAUGAACAUGAGAGAAGCAGCUACUGAAUUGCACGCGAUCGACACAUUGUAUGUGUCUUGA